AUGGAAAUCAGCAAGGAAGAAGGGAAGCGGAUCCUCCAGGAACCUGAACUCGACGAGGAAGGUGAAUGCGAUGAAGAUACCGGAGAAGAUAACAAGAAAAAAGGAGCACUGACCCCCUCCAAAAGAAGAGUAUCUAGCACAGGAGGAUCAACACAGCGUUCUUGUCAGGCAGAAGACUGCACUGCUGAUAUGGCUGACGCCAAGCCUUACCAUCGUCGACAUAAAGUUUGCGAGUUUCAUGCAAAGGCUGCAGUGGUUCUUCUCUACGGCUUGAGACAACGUUUCUGCCAGCAGUGUAGCAGGUUUCACGAACUAUCAGAGUUUGAUGAAGCUAAAAGAAGCUGUCGCAGGCGUUUGGCAGGACACAAUGAGCGGCGACGCAAGAGUUCAUGUGAUUCUCACUGAUAAGAGAUGCAACAAAAUAAUUUGGCCUAUAGAAGAAGGCAAAUUCACUAAAUCCAGAUUAAUGAGGAUGCCAUAAAACCAGACCUACUUCUGAGGAUUCAGUGUUCUCUCUAUCUUCUGUCAAUUGCUGGAUUUCUUUAAACAAAGAACCGGCUCAGUCUGUAUGAGUCAAAUAUUUUGUAACUGUUUCUUGUACUUGUGGUUCGAUUGGUAUUUAUUAACAAUGUAUGUAUCAUGCCACCUAAGGAAGCUACCAAAAUAAUGCUAAACCUCCUUUGACUGGCUUUAUCU